AUGGCGGCCGGCCUGUGGGCCCGGAUCCUGCCGUUCGUUGUCGUCGGUUUCCGUUACAUCGUCGGGACCAAGCUGAACGUCCCCAAAGUGCUGCUGCCUUACUCCGCAACCGUGAAGGUUAACUUUACCCUGGAGGCCGACGAAGGGUGUUACCUAUGGUUUUCAACAAGACCAGAUGUGGCAACUAUUGAAGCUAUAUUUCAGAAUGAUACUGAUUGUUCACAUACAGCACUGAUAUCUGUCCGCUCAACUCAGCUUACUCGCCUCACCAGCAUAAUUAUAGCUGAGGAAACAGUGACAGGACAAGUGUUGCGCUGUGAUGUAAUGGUUGAUGUAAUAAGUGAAAUUGAAAUUAUAUCAACAACCCGGGAGCUGUAUGUUGAUGACUCUCUCUUAAAAUUAACAGUCAGAGCAUUGGAUGAGGAAGGCAAUACUUUUAGUAGCUUGGAAGGAUUUAUUUUCGAAUGGAGCAUUGUGAAGAAUGAAGAUAUGGAUAAUAUUGCUGAAUCGCCAAGUAAAAUUAGAAUAAUGAAGUUUUCAGAGUCCACCUAUUUACCACCUGCACAUAUAGCAAGAAUGGAAAAAGAUGGACUGCAGGGCGACAUCAUUCUUGUAUCUGGGUUAAUGACUGGUACUGCUAACCUGAAAACACGACUGCAGGAUGCUAUAUAUAAGAAUGUUCCUGCUGCAUCAAUACGUGUCACUAUUUUGGAAAACAUUAUCUUGAGUCCAGCCCAUGAUAUUUAUUUGUUGAUAGGCUCUAUUAUUCGCUACAGAGUUGCUAAAGUUGUAAAUGGGAAAAUGACAGAAAUUGAGAUGCCAUCCGAACAGUACAAAUUGGAGUUAAAAAGUGGUGAAACGGACUCUGAUGUGGACAGAACAGUCGCAGAACUGGAUUCUGACACCUGCAUUGUCACAGCAGUCCAAGAAGGGCAGAUUAACUUAGUUCUUACAUAUAAGAAUAUUCACAUGCAAGCAUUUUCUCAGCUGCCCAAUUCUACAAUAUAUGUUGUGGGGGCUGGUUUUCUAGGUUUUUAUGUCUUUCCUGGAGAAAGGUGGGUUUUGGAAGUAGGAAGAACAUAUGAAUUUAGAGUGGAAGUUUACGACAAAAACAGUAAUAAAGUUUAUUUAUCCGAUAGCCUGGUUAUCCCCAUUACCAACCACCAAGAAGUAAUUAUUUAUGAACCAAUAAUCCUGAAGCCUAAAGUCCUUGUGUUCCCUUGGCAUCCCAAACCCCGAAGUUAUCGACACUUAAUUCAGGUUAAUGGUGGAAGUGGCAACUUUACGUGGUCAUCAGGUAAUGAAAGUGUAGCUCUGGUGACAGUAAAAGGUGUUAUAGCAACCAGUGACAGCCGAGGUUUCAGCAUUAUACAUGCUAGAGAUGUGGAAAAUCCAAUUCACUUUGGCAAAAUGCAAGUCAAUGUGCUGAGGCCAGUCAGUAUAGAGUUUGUCCAGUCCCGUGUAGAAAUUGAGGUUGGUCAGACCCUUGAUCUACCUAUCAUGGUUUAUGGGCUCAUGGAUGCCAUGGAAACGGUUCCAGUGAAUAAUUGCACAUUAAUGAACUUGGCAGUGGAGAUGGACAAGCAAGGGGUAUUCAAGGUCAUUCAAGGGAGAUUAGAGCCAGAUGCUGCACAUUGCACAGGAAUACGCGUUGAAGCAGAGACACCUGGCCAUACGGUACUAACAGCUAGUGCUGGAUCUCUGGAGGUCCACUUUAGCAGCAGUAUCACCAUUGCUUCUUACCAGCGGCUUAGAGCUAUUGAUCCAGUUGCAGUUGCUAUAGUCACACUGACUUCUUCAAAAGAAAUGCUGUUCGAAGGAGGACCUAGACCUUGGGUGUUAGAGCCAUCUGGAUUUUUCACAGAUCUGAUUGGUGAAAAGGGGGAAGCAGUAAUCAUCAAACAACAAAGAGCUCCACUGGUAAAAAAGAAAAAUCACCAUGGGUUUAGAGUCAUUUGUGUAUCCUUGGGAGAACAGUUUCUGACAUUUAAAGUUGGUAAUCAUCCAAGCUUACUGAACCCCCAUCCAGCCGUUGAAUCAAUUAAAGUGAAGUUUGUUUGUGCUGUGCCUACCAGUAUCACUUUGGCUCCUGUUUACAAGUCACGUGAAUUUGGUCUUCCGUGUCCCCUGUUGCAACACAACAAACAAUUGGUACCUGUUUCCUUUUGCAGGAAUACAAUUUUGGAGCUAACAGCCUACGAUAAAUAUGGUCGAAAAUUUGAUAACUUCACUUCACUACAAAUUAAUUGGAAAUCAUCCAACUUUUCUUUGGGCAGUUUUCAUCCAGCAAUACAAAUGGAAAUGUUCUUAAGGGAUGAUGGAAGUGGACAGAAGAGGCUUCAUGGUCAUAGGAUGGUUGUAGUUUACAAGAGGAAAGGAACAGUGACUAUUUCAGUAUAUCUGGUCGGCUAUGGAAAAACUGAUACUGAUCUGCCUCAAAGCCAUGUUGAUGUUAGGUUUUCACCAGUAUCAGCCACUGUUGAUUUGUUGCUGGUGGAUGAUGUGUCCUUAGUGCCGAAAAAUCUCACUGUAUACAAUCAUCCUGAUGUUUUGGAAGUAGUUUAUUUAACUGAGGGCUCUGGAUACUUUUUCGUUAAUACUACUGAUACUGAGAUUCUGACUAACACAUAUCUGGAGGCCAAAAACUAUGUACAAAUAAGGCCAUUACAACCAGGCUUUGUGACAAUGAAAGCAUAUGACCUCUGCCUGACAUGCAAAGGUCCAGCCAGAGCAGAAAUCUGUGUAUCAGAUAUAUUAGACUUUGAACUAAAUUUUAUUCACAAGAUUGAAAUUGGAAAGUCUGUUGCAGUUAACGUCAGGGUGUUGGAUUUCUUCAAGAAACCCUUUUUGAACAGAUACUUUCGUUACAUGAAUAUAAGCUUACAGGCAGCUUCCCCAAUUGUCACCUUAGAACCAAUUACUGACUUGGAUAAAUAUGCUGCAAGUUACUUACUGAGAGCUGUGGCUUUGGGUCAAACCACUCUUAUAGCAAUGGCCAGAGACAAGUUUGGUCGAAAGUUGAGCUCUUCCCCACGUCAGAUUGAAGUAUUUCCCCCUUUUAGAUUAAUCCCACAGAAAGUGACCUUGAUCAUUGGUGGAAUGAUGCAGGUGAUGUCUGAAGGUGGUCCACAGCCACAGACAAAUAUUCAUUUCUCUAUUAAUAAUGGUACCAUUGCUAAAGUAAAUGAAUUAGGGCAGCUGACUGCCCUAAUGGUGGGAACAGCAAAAGUGACUGGUAUUAUUCAAGCUGUCGACGAUGACACAGGAAAAGUGGUUGUUUUCUCCAAGGAUGAAGUGACUGUAAAUGUGAUUCAACUAAGAGGGAUAAAAAUUCAUGCUCCAGUAACUAGAUUGAGGACUGGAACUCAGCUACCUGUAUAUGUGGUAGGCGUCACAAGUUGCCAGACUCCAUUCACCUUCGGUAGUGCGGUACCAGGACUGACGUUUCACUGGACAACAACAAAGCGGGAUGUGAUUGAGCUUGUCAGCAGGCACUCAGAGAUUUCUUUACAGCUUUCUGCAGAACAUAAUUUUGCUAUGCAACUGUAUAGCAAAGCAGAAGGGAAAACAGGUUUAAAAGUCACAGUAACCGCACAGAAUCCAUCUGCUGCUCAGUUUGAAGGAAACUUUGACAGAUUUUCUGAUGAGAUUCAAAUUAUGGUGUUUGGAAUAUUGCAACUUUUGCCUCUCUCUCUGCCAGCAAAAGAAGUACUGAUGUCACCAAAUUCUCAUCUAAAGUUACAAACCUCUAGGGAUGGCAAAGCCUAUGUCAACUAUGAAGUGCGCAAAUGUCCUCACAAUAAGUCUGUGAUAAUGGAAGAUGGACAUGGUGUCUUGACAUCAGGACCUCGAACUGGUUCUUCUGCACUCACGGUAACAUCACUUGAAUACUUUGGACUGAAUCAAACUAUUGUAACAGGAGUAAGGGUGGCUCCAGUGGCAUACCUCAGUAUUAACACCAGCCCAAAGUUACAUAUUGCCAAAAAUGAAGAACUGGCUGCUGUCCCUCUUGGAAUGACAUUGACUUUUAUGGUUAACUUUUAUGAUCUUAGCGGAGAGCAAUUCCACGCGCACAAUACAGAAUUGUAUUUAGCUGUUAACAGGGAUGAUCUGCUGCUGCUUGGACCUGGUACUAGAAAUAAUACUUACGUGGCACAGGCUGCCAAUAUAGGAUUGACCCUGUUAGCAGUUUGGGAUAACAGGCACCCAGGCAUUGCAGAUUAUAUCCCAAUACCUACCCAAUAUGCGAUAUGGCCCAACAUAUCCGAGCAUGUGAUACUGAGUGAUGUGAUAUGUUUCAGCAGUGUACUGGUAAACCAAGAAGGUGAACCUGGGAACUGGUAUCAGUUAUCAAGUGAACUUCUACAGAUUGAUCCGGCCACAGGAUUGGGAGUUACACGGAGUACAGGGUCAACCACAGUAUAUUAUGAAAUUCCAGGAAUUGUGAGAACCUACAGAGAAAUCACAGUUAUUGGUGUAGGAAAAGCCACAGUUUCCUUUCAUGGUUUCACUUGUGUAAUUGGUCGUCCUAAUAUUAAUGUGUACAGAUUUCUUGUGACAACUAUGAACAAAGACAGCAGUCUGAGAGGAGACUGCAGUCUUGCUCAAGUUAAAGCUAUGUCAAAACUAAACCCUGCAUCAAACCUUGCCUGUUCUGUGCGGUUUAGUAAUAUUGGAUUGCAGUUCCUAGCAGUUUCUGUUUUCUCUGUGGUACCAGAAUUCAUAGCUGAUACAGGUCAUUACAGUUGCACCGUCACAAUAAAAGAACUGUCAGACUCUGUACAUAAGGAGUUAAGUAUAGGCGGAGACACCUAUAUAUCUGUAAAAGCUUCUGUUCUGGGAGGCCAUUAUGCAGGUCAAGUUGGAAGAACAGAGAUUCCUUUCAUUCCUGGAUUUUAUAUGAACCAAUCAGUUGUGACUCUUAGUUACAAAGAGCCAACAGUUAACAUCACCAUUUUUGGUAUAGCUAAAGUAUUAAAUGAACUGGAGGUACAAUCACAGUCACCUGCGAUUGUAGUGAGUAAGCCUGUUAGGUUACAUUCAUUGCACAAUGUUGUUUAUUCACUAAGUACUGCGAAUCUUAGCCUUCUUCAGCAAGGAUUACCAUGUACCAAUAUCAGUGUCUCCAGCAUCUUGACAAAACAAUCAGUACAUGUGACCGUCACAGUUCUGCGGAGUGGAGGCAAUGGUGGCACAACAGGAGAAUUACCUUUUGAGGAAUCCACUUUCUUUGACCAGCUGGUGGAAUCCUACCAAGUGUUGAUGUUCACCUUAUUUGCAGUUUUGGCUACAACUGCUAUAAUUUUUAUUGCUUAUAAUGCCUUCUUGACAAGGAUACAGACUAUCCCUGUAAUUUAUGUUUCUACAACACCACAGACAGGUUACAAUUCAACAACACCAUGCAGUAAUCCCCGAAGGCGAUAUCUGCAGUCCUGGCUGUGGAGUGUACGCUAA